AUGCCGACAAAGUACGUUGACCGCCCCAUCCCUCGGAUCUCCUUGGCCAAUUUCGAACAGCGCAUCGGUGAAAUCACCACGAGCCUAGUCCAUGCUGCCGAAAAUGUCGGUUUCUUCACGAUCGUCGACCAUGGGAUUUCCCUAGAUGAGAUCGAGACCAUAUUCGCAACCGCCGAGCGAUUCUUCAACCUCCCCGACAAUGUCAAAGCCACCGUCCCAUGGAAUCCUAACAACGUAGGAUGGGAAAAGAAAGCCCAAGUUAGGCCCUCCACCGGCCAACCAGACACGAAGGAAUCAUACCAGCUACAGUUCGGUGAGAACAUGACGAAUAUGUGGUUGGACGAUGCACACCUCCCCGGGUUCCGCGCAACAUCCCUCGCUUUCAUGCAUCGCGUUCAGGCAGUGUCGGAACAGCUGAUGCGUUGUUUCGCCCGAGGACUCGACUUCCCCGAAGACUUUUUCAUCAAGUGUCAUGACGUGUCUCGUCCCAACGAACAGACGACUAUGCGACUGCUACAUUAUUUUGCCUUACCGGAAACGCCUGAUGGGAACACGUACCACCGCGCGGGUGCUCAUGCCGACUGGGACUUCCUGACCUUGUUAUUUCAGAAGGAUGGGCAGAGCGGACUCGAGAUUUGUCCCGGUCGAGAAGCGGUCACUGAAUUUGGGAUCGGGGAUGAAUGGACUCGCGUGGAAGCGCGCACCGGUGAGAUUGUCUGUAAUAUUGGAGAUUUGUUGAUGUCGUGGUCGGAUGAUCGCUUUAAAUCGACCUUUCACCGGGUGAAGGCUCCAUCCGAGCCAGGUGAUUACUACGGCGAUCGAUAUAGCAUUGCCUACUUCAAUCAGCCGUGCAAAGAUGCGCUCAUCCAAGGCCCGAAGAAGAAAUACCCAAUGUUGACGGGGGAACAGUUCAAUGCUCAGGCUAUGCAGAGGAAUUUUGCGGCCUUGCAGGCUAAGCUGAAGGAGGUUGAGGCGGCGUCCUGA